AUGCCUGACCCAUCGAGUUCAAGCAUAGAAGAACCGGCCCCUACAGACCAAAUGGAAGAUCUUUUCGCAGAAUAUGGUAUUAAUAGUGAUGUGGAGAAAAAGAAGAAAUUAGGAAAAUAUACGGAUCAACGGACUGAAUUCGAAUGGAAAGCAUUUAAAACAUUCGAAGACAGCUCCUUUGACAAGUUUAAAAAGGCUCUAAUAGCAGAUUACCCUGAUGCGCGAAAUGCAGGAAAAGGGACCUUAACUGGACUAAGAGCUGGCACAACAAAAAUUACUCAUGGCGCCGCCAGUACUGGCUGUCUGACAGAUUCCUUUGCUGAUCAAGUUAAGGCCAGUUUGAAUAUUGAACAAACUAGAGACCGAAAACAGAAAGGCAACGAGGAUGAGACCACUGCUAGAAGAACUGAAGAUCCAUACGAUAUCAUAGACAUCAUAGACAUGGCAGAAACCAUUGCUGGACGUCUUACUGGAGACUCCCAAGACCACCCAAGCAAUGCGAGAGCUGUAUUGACUGGUAGAUCAGUUCAAGCGCGCGAACGGGAAAUUAAAACAGAGCAUGAUGAAUUCGAAGAAUUGCGAAGUAUUACUGCAACGUUCCUUGAUCAAAUUAAAGUAGAUCAAAAACAGAAUUCAGAACUUCGUAAUAUGGUACAAAACAUGCAGAUAGAAAUGAAGAAACUCUUAGAGACUUUAGUUCACCAACAGCCGAAUAUCAGUAACCCACAAAGCAAAGUGGCGAGUUAUAAAAUGACUUCAGAUGGCUGUUGGUACUGUGAUGAACCAGGCCAUUUUACUUCGAAUUGUCCACAUAGAGAAGCACACGUAGCCCAGAAGAAAAUCAAGCUUCUUGGGAACCGAAUGUAUUUUACGCAUAAUAAUACUGCAGUACCAAGAGGGAAUGGCGAAAAAUCCGUUCGACAAAUUGUCGAGGAGGCUAGUAGGCAAAAUUUGACUCUACAAAAUAAUAUGUUUGCAGAGCCUGGAGAAGUCUUUAGUCAAGAAGCUGUUGUCCCAGGUAUAAUCAGGCUACCGGAUAAUAAUAAUGGAAAUGAAAUUUCCGUUUUUACAAACCAGAUGCGAGAUACAAGAGACGAUGUGAUUCUCAACAUGAACAACCAAGUGUUAAAACUUACCGACAUGCUUGCGAACCUUGUUACAAACCCCAAUAAAACGAGGGACGUAGACGCGUCGCAGUUUGCCGUCACCUGUAGAUCUCAAACCGAGACUCAGGGACAGUCGGGAAACUAA